AUGUGUAAUGAUUUGGGCCAAUGAACGUCAACCACGAUCUAGCGGUCGUCUGGUUGUCAGUGUGAAAAGUCUGUAAACUUCGAAAGAAUGGCUGCAUUUCGUAUUUUCCAAUUAUUAUUGAUAAAUUUAAUAUUUUAUACAGCUGUAAUAGCAGCCGGGAGGGAUUUUUAUGGUAUUCUCGGUGUUUCAAAAAGUGCUAAUACAAAUGCCGUUAAAAAAGCGUAUAGGAUGUUAGCAAAACAAUUACAUCCUGACAAAAACAAGGAUGAUCCUGAGGCAUCUCAAAAGUUUCAGGAUCUGGGUGCUGCCUAUGAAGUACUCUCAGAUCCUGAAAAACGAGAAAUGUAUGACAGGUGUGGUGAAGAGUGCUUGAAAAAAGAUGGUAUGAUGAACAAUAAUGAUCCUUUCGCAAGUUUUUUCGGAGAUUUCGGAUUUCACUUUGGUGGUGAAUCUCAACAAGAACGUGAAGCACCACGAGGUAAUAAUAUUAUGAUGGAUCUUAGUGUAACACUGGAAGAAUUGUACAGUGGUAAUUUUGUUGAGAUUACAAGAAAUAAAUUAGUUAUAAAACCAGCAAAAGGAACUCGAAAAUGUAAUUGUAGGCAAGAAUUAGUGACACGUAACUUGGGAAGUGGUAGAUUCCAAAUGACACAACAAACAGUGUGUUCUGAAUGUCCAAAUGUUAAAUUAGUAAAUGAAGAAAGAUUACUGGAGGUAGAAGUUGAGCCUGGUAUGGUUGAUGGUCAAGAAAUUAAAUUCUUUGCCGAGGGUGAGCCACAUACUGACGGUGACGCUGGAGAUUUAAUCUUGAAAAUAAGAACGCAACCUCAUAGAAUAUUUGAGAGAAUUGGCGAUGAUCUCUACACUAAUAUCACAAUAUCAUUGCAGGAUGCAUUGAUAGGAUUUAAAUUAGACUUAACUCAUUUAGAUGGACAUAAAGUAACGAUAUUACGAGAGAAAGUAACUAAACCUGGUGCUAAAAUCCGUAAAAAGGGUGAAGGAAUGCCUAAUUACGAGAAUAAUAAUCUCUAUGGUACACUAUACAUUACUGUUGACGUUGCAUUCCCAGAAAAAGAUUUUACUGCCCAAGAGAAAGAAGCAAUCAAAGAACUUCUCCAACAGAGCUCUGUAAAUAGAAUUUAUAAUGGUAUACGUGGAUUAUAAACUCUUAUUACUAGACUGAAAUUAAUUAAAUGACUUUUACUAAACCAACAAGAAUAAAAAUUAUUAAGUAAAAAAUCAGAACAUUAAUUAUGUCCAAGAUCACGUAGUAUGAAUUUGGAUUAUUAGAUUGAGUUUAUAUUCCAUUCUCCGUUUUAUUAACUCCAUUAAUUGACAAUUAGAUAAUAUUUCUUAACUUGAAAUUAUUUAAAUAUAAUUAUAUAUUACAUUUAAACUUAAUUUAUUUAUCAUAAAUAUUAUGAAUGGUGUAAAACUUUAUUCAUAGCAUCAUUGAUAAUUAAAUGAUUAUUUUAUGUAUGAAAUUUGUAAUUAAUAUACGGGAAUAGAAGUUAAGCAGUAUGAUAAAUAAUAUGAUUAAGGUCAUUGAAAAAUUAAUUUGGAAACUGUAAAUAUACUUAGUAACUAAAUUCGUAAAUCAUGAAUGAGUGACUAAUUUUUAAUAAACAAUUGAAUAAAAU